UUUGGAGAAGAGAAAUGUGGCGAUCGAGGGUAAUAGCAGCACGAAGAGUUCGAUCAGCUCACAAAAAUGUAGCCAGAGGAUUCUCAAAUUCUAGCUCAAAUUUCCCGCAACUGCAUCCUAAGGUGUAUAAUCCUCAAGCCCUAGCAUCCUAUCGCCAUUUUGAUUCAAAAAUUUUCAAAUCUAUAGCUUUAUUUCCACAAUUAAAUGCUAUUAGAUUCUUUAGUUCAAGUUCAACAGAUUCAAUUACGGAUGUUGAGGUGACCACUGAUAACAACAAUGAUGUGAUUGGCGAAGGAAAUGAAAACACUGAUAGAUUUAGUAUUGACGAAAUGUGGAAGGAUGGCAUCGAUGAGGUUAAAAGCGUGUUAGAACUGGAUGUUUCCGAUUCGGAAAAUAGGGAGUCGGUGGAAGUAGUUGAUGAGGAAGCGCACGGGCUUGAUAUCGAGGAAUUAGAUAGUGUGCUAUCUCUUCUUAAGAGACGAGAUGGUGACUUUGAUGUUGUUAGUGGGUCUUUAGAAUCUAGUCUUGAUGAUAUGAAUUUGAAUCUGAGUGAGGAGCUUGUUGUGAGAGUGCUAGAAACCCCGCAUGUUCCAGGGGAGAAUUUGAUUGCGUUCUUCAAGUGGGCUGCUAGCCGUAAAAAUCAAGAAUUGUUCUCUGUUACAGCAAGAUCCCUUGAUGCUCUUGUGAGGGCUGUCUGUACCGAGCUAAGAAAGAAGGUUGCCUAUAGUUUGUGGGAUUUGGUUAAGGAGCUGGGUGAAAAGGAGAACCAUGUUGUGACCACCGAGAUGCUUAAUGCUCUGAUAUCUUUGUUUUCAAGAUUGGGUAAAGGGAUGGCUGGGUUUGAGGUGUUCAACAAGUUCGGAGAUUUCUCAUGUGCAACAAAUGCAGAUUCCUAUUAUUUUACUAUCGAAGCUCUUUGUAGGCGAUCUAUUUUUGACCGUGUUGGUUUAGUUUGUGAGAGAAUGCUUAGUGAAGACAAACUGCCGGAAACAGGAAAGGUUGGGAAUAUCAUAUGUUAUUUAUGCAAAGCUGGGAUGGUGAAAGAAGCUCAUUCUGUUUAUUUGUCAGCAAAAGAGAAACAAAGGUAUCCAGCUCAGUCAUCUGUUAACUUUUUGAUUAGUUCUCUUUGUGAUCGGAAGAAGAAUGAUCCCAAUUCUAUUCACUUGGCAUCGAAGAUGUUGGAGGAUUUCUCUGGUGGAGAGAAACAGAAAUAUGCAAUCAAGCAGUUUUCUUGUGUCGUUCAGGGGCUGUGCAGAAUUAAUGAUUUUGAGGGGGCAAAAGCUUUGUUGUCCAAAAUGAUUGAGGCUGGUCCUCCUCCUGGAAAUGCAGUCUUUAAUACGAUUAUCAAUGCCCUUUCUAAGUCGGGAGAUAUGACAGAAGCUAUAAAGAUAAUGAGGAUGAUGGAAGCUAGGGGACUCAAGCCUGAUGUGUUUGCUUACAGUGUGAUCAUGAGUGGGUAUGCAAAGGGUGGUGAAAUGGAGGAAGCUGCCAAAAUGUUGGCCGAGGCGAAGAAGAAGCACCGCAAGCUGACCCCUGUGACUUACCAUACAAUUAUUCGUGGGUAUUGCAAGCUUGAGCAAUUCGAGAAGGCUGUGAAAUUGUUGCAAGAGAUGGAAGAGUAUGGGGUUCAACCUAAUACUGAUGAGUACAAUAAGUUGAUCCAGUCUCUUUGCUUGAAGGCUGCUGAUUGGGGAAUGGCCGAGAAGCUAAUGGAGGAAAUGACAAGGAAAGGUUUACAUCUGAAUGGGAUCACAAAAUCACUUGUAAGAGCAGUUAAGGAGUUGGAAGAAGAGGCAGUGGGGACAAAAGAAGUAAGUGUCGAAGCAUAAGCUUGUAUCUCAAGUUUUUAGUAGUUGAUCUGUACCAUGAAGAAGGUAUCCAAAUCUUCUAUUUUGCUUUUAUCUUUACAAAGCUCAGCAGAAAAGGCUUUGCAACAAAGAUUUCCCCUUAAGUUAGAUUUUGCUAUUCUUUCCCAUGCAAUAGAUUGAAACAGAAAACUAUACAAAAAGAAAAUUGUUGAAGGCCAGCAGAAUAGUAGUUCUCCCUUCUCUUUUCAUGCAGCUUUAGCAUUUAACCACUAAAACAAUAACAAGAGCAGCUGUUUAUCUUUACUGUUGGUUGGUAUGUUCAUCUGUUUGCUCUUGGCUUUUUAAUGGACCAUUUUUUUGUGAA